GCCUCAUUUACAACUGAAAUCUGUAACAGCGACAUCUUAUCUUGUAUUGUCGUGUGAACAAACAGGCAGGCAGACGUUAGAUAAGUGAUAUUGUACGAUGGAUGUAGAGUUUUUGAAGUUUCGUUUCGAGGAGAAACACGAUGAUGGAACGCCAAGCAAGUGCACCAUCGGAGUACGCCACCUCCAGACAUUAUACAUGAUCGUCAUCUCCAUAGUGGUCGGUCUGCACCGAGGCAGUGUGGGGGUGUCAAUGAUGGCACUCACUGAUGUUACGAGGCAGAAUGACACUUACAUCAAGAUCCACCCUUGGGACAGAUCCACCCAAGGCAUGCUUCUAUUCGCCUUCUUCUUCGGUUACGCGGUCAUGGUCAUACCGGCCGAGUUGUGGUUACGGCGGGUCGGGGGAAAAUACACGCAGACAACAGUGUUAGCUGUCAGUGGAGCAUUGUGUGCCGCUAUGCCAACUAUUAUAAAUAAGGGAAACCGUUCAGCAGUGUUCAGCGCCCAGCUGUUGAUGGGUAUGGCCCAGAGUGGGUUGUCACCGGCCAAUAGGUGUCUCCUGGAUAAGUGGUUACCACCAGAUGAGAAGAACAAGUUUAGCUGGCUAGUUUAUGGUGGAGUACUCUUCGGUAUAAUCAUAAGUUUGCCAGUAGCCGGUCGUCUCUCCGAAGAAGCCCUGGGCUGGGAGCUCAUAUACUACAGCCUAGCUAUGAUAUCUUUAUCCAUGGCAGUGAUAUGCUUUGCUCUGACAGCCAGCUCGCCUGAUGAACACCCAGCUUUGGGAGACAGUGAGAAGGAGUUUAUUGAUUCGGUUGUUACUGCUAAGAACAGGAGUAAUCCAGUGUCGUGGCGAGAAAUCUUCAAAUCACCACAGUUUUGGGGGAUUGCGUUCGCGCAUGUCUUUAGUAAUACUGCAUUCAUAUUUUAUUUGACGGAUGUACCAGUUUUCUUAAGAAAUUUUCAUCUGACCAUAAAACAAAGCGCGUGUUGGUCAGCAUUAACAUUCUUCAUCGUGUGGGCGACGUACAUGAUGAUGAGACCUAUAAUAUCCCUGCUAGUGGCGUGUUUCGUUCCUCAUAGUUACGAAGACAUGAGCUUUAGAAGGCAGCUGGUGAACCCUAGGAAUAUACUAAAUUUUAUUAGUGGUGCAAUAUUUAUUUUCUUGCCAACUUUGUCAGUCUUUGUACCAGAUUCAAUAGUAUCAGCUAUUGUCUUGCUCUUGAUCAUAUCAGCAGCAUUGGGACUUCAGUAUAUAGGUUUUUUGGAAAACAUGUCUGAAGCUACAGAGAAGUACAGAGAAGAUGUCGUGAUGUUAUGUUCUGCCUUCGCCAGCGUCGUGGGCUCCUUCUAUCCUUUGGUGUCCGGCUUUAUCCUUAGAGGCGAUAUUAGCAGUGUAAACACUUGGAGAAAUUUAUUUCUGUUCCUGACCACUCUCUGCGUUGUUUGCAAUCUCAUGUACUUUAAGUUGGCGAGUAGCUAUAAAAUGGAGGUGAACAGCCAAAUUAUGACACGACUAAACAAUACAGAAACCAAAUAUAAAGAAGAAUCAUCUUAUGGAUAUGGAGUACGACAUGUGCAGGCACUAGUAGUUUUUGCAAGUCUUCUAGUAGGAUUCAUAGCAAGAGCACAUCUUGGAGUAAGCAUAGUUGCUAUGACAUACUAUGCACCAAAUAAUGAAAGCCCUAAUACUCUUAAUAAUACAACAGAUUUAGAAAGAAUAUUUAAUAAUGUAACUGAUGAUUUAGAAUAUAAUUCCACUGAAAAUGUCGAUUUAUUAAAAGUGAAUAAAUAUAAUGAUAAAGUCAAUGAUACUGAUGAAAAUAUUAUACUCGUACUUAAUGUAAUGGAAAAUGUUACAAGUGACAAAAAUGGAAUCUUUAAGAAAUACGUUUGGUCGAAACCAAUUCAAGAAAUGAUACUGACAUCAUUUUUCUUGGGUUACUGUGUGAUGCAGUACUUCAUGAGUAUGAUCUCGCAGCGGUGGGGUGGUAAGAUCCCGCUUCAAAUCGGUCUGUUUGUCAAUGGAAUCACAUCUAUUGCUACACCUUGGCUUGCUUAUUGGGGAGGUUGGAAGGCAGUGUGUGCGUGCCGCAUCCUGCAGGGCGUCUCUCAGGGAGGUUUCUUCCCAUCCACUCAAACUUUGCUUUCCGCGUGGGUCCCGCCUAAUGAACUGGCUAGACUUAGCAGUUUUGUUUAUACUGGAACAACCCUAGGGACAGUAUUGGGCUUCCAAAUAGGUGGAGUCUUAUCCGCAACUUGGGGCUGGCCUUCAGUGUUCUGGGGAACCGGUGCUCUCUGUUUCUUGUCGUUCACACUUCUGACUGUGUUCGGAGCGGCCAACCCUCGGGAACAUAAGACUAUUUCUGAUGAAGAAAGGAUUUACAUUACUCGUACGAUGAGUGUUACAAAAAAGAAAUUAACAGUGCCACUGAAGGCUUUGAAGUCCAAGCACACGUGGGCUGUAUUCAGUGCGCACAUCGGAAGCAGCACCGCCUUCGUAUUCAUCUUCAUGCAGUUCCCUUCCUACAUCCACUAUUCACUGGGAGUCAACGUUAAGAAUAGUGGCCUGUUUUCUUCUCUCCCAUAUGUGGUGAGUUUCUUUGCGGCCAUACUCUACGGGAUAUUGUCUGAUUUUCUGACUAACAGGAAAAUUCUUAGCGUCAAAAAUGCAAGGAGAACAUUUAAUACAUUGGCUCAAAUUGGCACGGCUGUGUGUCUGGUGGCUUUGUCUUACACAAAAAAUGUGGGGUUAGCUGUGGGAUUACUGGUCAUAGUGCAAGCUACCCAUGUCGCAACUCAUGUCGGAUGGAUGGUGAACUAUAUAGAUCUAACGCCGAACUACAGCGGCGCCCUACUCGCUAUCGGGAACACUCUGAUGAAUAUGUUCUCUUUGCUAUUGCCAGUGCUCGUUUCCAAUAUCGUGAUCGAUGUGGCAAAUCAGAGUCAAUGGCGCGUUAUGUUUUACUUGAUGGCGGGCUUCGUUCUCAUAACUAAUGUUAUUUUUGUACUAUUCAUGUCUUCUGAGAGGCAGCCAUACGAUAACCCACACCCUCAAAACGCAGAUUCUGAAAACAUUUCAAUGGAAAAGAAUAAAAAGAUUGGUUAACGAAAUUAAUUGUGUUUUGUUUUCAAUAAAAUUGACCUUGACCUCACUGUUACUUCA